AUGUGCGGUUCUCUGACAAUGGCGGAAGCAGGCGAAGAUUUAACGGAUUUUGAGUGUUCUUUUAAAGAUCUGAGUCUAGAAGGUUAGUAGACGCAGUUUGAUGCAGAUCGGUCACUGAUUUAGAUAUUUUUUCGUUGUUUGCUGUUUUUGACUAUUGUCCGCCAUCUUAGAUUUUUGCUCAUUUUGAUUGCGGUUCUCUCAUCACUGGCUUAUGUCUUAUUGCUCCCCUGUUGCUCCCUCUCUACAUGGUCGAUUUCCACCCAAUUACUAGUACGCCUGUUAAAAGGGGAGCCAGUGAGCCGGCGGGGAAGCAUUCACUUACCCCAAGUUCUAAGUCUGCAGUUGAGCCGAGGAGCAAGAGGCAUCAAAGCUUAGUCGAAGAAGAUGAAGAAGAUGAAUUGGGAAGUGCAGGUAAUUUCGAAUUAUUUUUUUUUCUGUAGAUAAAGAAGUAGACAUAAACUUUCUUGUUAUUUUUUCAUUACUUAUAGCUUUCCGACUUUGUUAUUUUCUGUGGUCCAUAUUAAGCUUGUCUAUUUUACAAAUCGUAAAGAGUAAUGUGUGAGAAACUAUAAUUUAUUAAUUAUACGCAGUUUGCAAGUGCUACGUGGUCACUUACUUUACAUUUCUUUUUGAUUUCAUGAUCAUUUUAUCACAAUGUCUAACCUUCUCUGGUUUUAAUGAUUUUGUUACAAAAAAUUAUUAUUGACCUUGGUCUUAACAUCAGAAUUACAUGUGUGAAUAUUAAUAUUGUUUGUUUCACUUCAGUGAUUUGCUCCUCUCUUUAUUAUAACAAUUUCAAAACCUUAAGGUUUUAUAAUUGGCAUUUUCUUUAUCUUUUGCUUUGUCUUUUUCCAUGAUCGUGCAUUGUAUAUUACCAUAAUAUCAAUCAUUACCCUAGAAAAAUUUGAAUGGGAAACAACGGGGAAACCUCGCACAGAGAAACUCUUUUCUCAAUGAGAGAUGAUGUUACAACUUCAAACAAACACUAUCUUCCAGCAACACUGAGAAAAGUGUGACUAGGCAACACUCUUAGAUGAAGGGAGGAAAAACUCUUGAGGUGUGAGGAAGUUUGUUGUCGAUCUUUUUGUCAUUCAAGUUUGUAAAGUCUAUGUCAAAACAUUUUGAAUCCUUUGUAUCCUUUCUCACAAGUAGCAUCCUCAUAGGUUAGCUUGGCAUUUUUUUCAAUAUAAUAUGUAAUACCAAGAGACUAUAAAGGGGACAGAGAGGGCAUCCCCCAUAUACACCCUAUUCCAUAGGUAAUUCGUCUCGAGUUAUUUUUAGAAUCGGGAUAAAGUUACCUCGCGCGAGGCGUGGAUGUUUCGUGGAGGUUUCGCUAACCAAACGCCGUGCAAAACAUGUCGGGCGAGAGGCAAUGAAAGAGUAAAAAGUUCGAGAGCAUUCCUGAAUAUUGAAGCGAAAUGAGUCGGCGCUCACCUGGGAAAAAGGAAUCGCUGGACUCUUUGACAACCCUUGAAAUCAGUUUAACUCGAAGUUGUCGCAACCUCAGUGCUUUAAUAAAAUGAGAAAUUUCGCCGGUCUAUUGAAACCGGUCGUUUGUACAUUUUAGGGAGUUUAAGAUCCAACGACGCGGACGACAACUAGAACGUCAAAAAAACAAUAGGUUUAAUUAGCAAAACAACAACUUCGCACGUGCAACACACUUUUUUGUUCAUUUCUUUCCCGUUUUUGCACGACUACGACGUGAAAAUGCCUAAUUUCGCGUUUUAUGGAGGACGUAAAUAAGCAACGACGAAAUUUUAUUUCUCUUUCUGAGCUUGAAUAUGGUCCCUUGAAAUUCAGCUUUAGGAGGGUUCGCCUACAAUUGACAAAGUAAGUGGGUAGGAAUAAUCGCUAUAAAGACUGAAAAAAAUAAACAUCAAACCAGAAAUUGCUCUCUUCAAACUGUAAAUUAUAAAUGAUCCUGAGAGAAUAUUCAGUGUGUUAAGGAUUUCCCUGCUCUACUGUUAGCUCUAUACAAGAGAGGAAGGCCGAUUCUUUUUAAAUUUCGGUUUCGCUGACACAGCUUUCGCAGAAAUCUCGCUGUAGUCGUUUUCGUCGACAAAAGGAAUAGCAAAAUCGCUCUCCGCGUCUUCCCCCAUUUUUGUUCUGCGUCAUUUCGUGAAGGACGCGUGGCUCUCAGCGUGGGUCAUCCACGCGGAACAUAUUCGCGCUAUGUGAUUGGCUGUUGUCUAAUCCCCCUUGAGAUCUGUGGUGUUAAAAAUAACUCGAGAUGAAUUACCUAUGGAAUAGGGUGUAUAUGGGGGAUGCCCUCUCUGUCCCCUUUAUAGUCUCUUGGUAAUACUGAAAAGAAUUCCGUUAAGUACCAUGUAUCAACAUGAAGAUUUUUUGUUUAUAGUGUUUUGCUUGAAUUACUCUGAUAGGGUUACAAAAGCCUCAAACACAAGCUAUAUCAAAGCCUUUAAUGUACUUUUUACAAAAUGCGAAGGGCAGCAUUUGUCAGUGCACUUAAAGAACACUUCUGGGAAGCAGAAGGAACUGAAAUAUGUCAACGGGCAGUUUUAGAAGUGCUGCACUUGGAUCAAACACAGAAGGUCCAAUUCACAAAUGCUAUGAAGGAAGCCUUUCCUAACUGCCUGGUUGCUCGUACCCGUAAGUCUGACGGAAAGCAAAAGGUGACAGUGUACAAGAAUGUGGCCAAAAAAAGUCGUUUACAUUGUCAGUGAAAGAGCUAUCUUUGUCAUUGGAUGAGACAUCCGAUAUCGCAAAUAUUAAACAGCUGAUUGCAAAUGUUUCUACAGAAAUUGAGUCCAUUAUUCAGCGCUUAAACAUUCAGUUAACAGCUGAAAAUAUUCAAAGAGAUGGUUUGCGUGCUUUGUUUGAUAUGCAAUGCAAGUUGCAGAGUAGGAUUCAAGAACUUUCAGGUACCUUGGAACAUCUGUAUGAAAGGGAAGUUCAGAGACUCUUACAAAGCCAGUCUCAAUGUGAUGUGCUUUGUGCAAAUGACAGAGCUGAACUCAUUAAGGAAAUGGACACAUUUAUCAGCUUUCUCAACAUUGGACUUGAGACACAGGAUUUGUCAAAAGUUGAUGUUAGUGGAGUAUUUAGCACACUACCUGUGAAUACAAGGGAGCAGUGCCCCCUCCUUUUUAAUGUCUUGGAAACCCUGGUACUUCACAAAACUGAUGGAAGGGAGGUGUCAGAGAUGCGAGUACGAAGUGCUGUUCAUUCUCUAGCUAUAUUGGUCAGCUUGAAAAGUCAGAAAAUUCAAAAUGAUUUUAAAAUCUUGUUUACUUGUCUGUGUAUAUCCUUUGGAGCUGGUAUGCGAUUUAUUGGAAUGCUGAAUCAUCUUGGUUUAACUGUUAGCUGGGAGAAGGCAAUGAAGUUUUUUGACGGCCGCAAAGCUAAGAAACAAGAAGAUAUUUCUAAACAAACUCCCACAGAUUCUCCAGUAAUCUUAAUGUUUGAUAAUAUCAACAUGUACAGAGGAAAGCACAAACACUUGCGGCUAUUUAAGUACAUUGGCCCUAUGAUGUGGAACUUUACAGGUCAAGCUGUAGUGAUUCCAAAUGUAGAGGGUUUAGAAAACAUCCUCCAAGACAAAGAUGCCUCAGUCAAACCUCAGAGGAAUGUGCUUCUUUUAAAUCCCAGUGACAUCUUUAUCUAG